AUGGCCCUCAGUGCUGAGAGUCAAAGGCAGACCGAAGACAGGAGCAGACAGACUGCAUGGAACCAGAACUCGGAUGUUAAUCCACAUGAAGAAAUCCGAAUAGUGAUGAUUGGAAAGACAGGAAAUGGGAAGAGUGCCUCGGGAAAUACCAUCUUAAAUCGAAAGGCUUUUACGUCGGUCCUCUCUCCACGCUCUGUGACGUCCGAGUGUGAAAAGGCCAAAGGAAUGGCGGAUGGACGCAGGGUCGCAGUCAUCGACACUCCAGGAAUCUACGACACAAAGUACAAAGAAGUGGAGGUGGUCAGAAAGCUGAAAGAAUGCAUCUCUUUCUCUGCUCCCGGUCCCCAUGUGUUCCUGAUUGUGAUCAAGUUGGCCAGAUUCACAUUAGAAGAACAGAAUACGGUUGAACUCCUGCAGCAGGUCUUCGGUGAUAAAGUUGCAGAAUACUCCUUGGUUCUCUUCACUCACGGUGACAAGCUGGGAAGCAAGAGAAUUGAAGAUUUUUUCAGGAAAAGUCAACCGCUUAGCAAUUUAAUUACAAAAUGUAACUUCAGGUAUCAUGUCUUCAACAACACAGUUCCCGAUAGCGGACAGGUGCCUCAGCUGCUUGCAAAGAUAGUAACUAUGGUCUGCGAUAACGGAGGAACAUUUUACACGAAUGAAAUGUUCCAGGAGGCUGAGCGAGCAAUCCAUGAACAAGAAGAGAAGCUCAUGAAGGCUAGUGCCCUGCGAAAACAAAGGGAAGAAGAAGAACUGAGGGCAGUAUUUGAAGGAGACCAGCUGGAAGAGGAGAUAAAGGCUCUACAUGAAUUGUAUAAAACCAAAUCAAGGGAAAAAGCAGAGAAGAAAAACAACUUCAUUGAAACUGGUCUGAUUGUAACAACAGCUGAAGUGGGUGUUGCAAUCGGCAUUGCUGCAGCAAGUGUCGGUGGUCCACUUUGCAUAGUCGUCGGAGCAGUGGUGGGUGGAAUUGUCGGGGCUGUUGUUGGAGUCUUGGCACCAGCAGCGGCGAAAUCUCUGAAAAAGAAGUGCACCGUACAAUAA